AUAAGUCGCGACACUUCAUAAUUUCAAUUUCAGCAAGUAUUUAUAUGUAAUAAAGAAAGAACCGUUAAGCCCUGCGUUAUCUACAUAUAAGCUCUGCACGCAUGCUGUUUCUAUUCUUGAGGGAUCUUUCUCUUUUUUGGUUCUACGGCUCUCGUAGAUCAAACGUGAUUAUUAUAAGCACACCCACAGUACCUUCGAACAGGAAGUAGCAGUAAUCGCCAAGCAGCCAACAAUCAACGGCAUAAGCAUUAAAAUGUUGCUGUCACCAUGAAAAUAAAACGCUCACUCGCAGCUGCGCAGCCGCGUCGAUGAUUUGCUAUAUAAGUUAAGGCUUACGCCCAGAAAUGUAUCAUUUGCAGAUCAAGUUCACUUCUGUAAAGAACUCAACCAAAUCCCAAAAAACAGCAACAUGGCAUUCAAGUUUGUUUUCGCACUCGCCUUCGUCGCGUUGACCAGCGCUGGCUAUGUGCCCGAGGCUUAUCACGCAGCUGCUCCGGUUGCCACCUAUGGUGCCCCCCUGGCUGUGGCCCAGAAGGUGGUAGUCAAGUCCGAUGAGACCUACGAUCCCCAUCCCCAGUACCGCUUCUCGUACGGCGUCGACGAUAAGCUGACUGGCGACUCCAAAGGUCAGGUGGAGGAACGCGAUGGGGAUGUGGUCCGUGGCGAGUACUCGCUGGUGGAUGCCGAUGGUUACAAGCGCACUGUCCAGUACACCGCUGAUCCCAUCAACGGCUUCAACGCUGUGGUCAAUCGUGAGCCCCUCGUCAAGGCCGUCGCCGUUGCUCCUGUUGUGAAGACCAUUGCCGCUGCUCCAGUUGCUCACUAUGCUGCCCCCGCUUUGGUCAAGACUGUUGCUCCCGCCUACUCCGCCUAUGCUGCUCCAGCUCCAGUGGCCCACUAUGCUGCCCCAGCUGUUGUUAAGACUGUCGCUCCUGCUUACUCCACCUAUGCAGCGCCUGCUCCAGUUGCUCAUUAUGCUGCUCCAGCUGUCCACUAUGCUGCUCCAGCUGUCGUCAAGGCCGUCGCUCCAGUUGCUCACUACUCCGCCCCCGCUCAGGUCGCACACUAUGCUGCACCAGCGGCCCACUAUGCCACUUACGCCGCUCCUGCCGUCGCCUACCAUCACUAAAAUAAUGAUGGCUUUCUAGAACUCG